UGUAAACACAAGAUUCGCUGCACGCAAUUAGUAUGCAGGAUGGUAACAUGAAAAGAUGAUGAGAGUUCUUCGUCGAAAAAUCGUUGUUCUUGUUGUAGCUGCAUAUGUUGCAUUCUCAUUGUAUGCGGCAUAUAAUGUAUUCUUCAGUAAGCGGGUUAUGUCUCGCGUCCACAGAGUGGUGAAAAAGGGGUCUGCUGGUGGCGAUGCUAAAAUUGAUCCAAAGCAUGCACAGAAUCCAUCCACAUUGGAAAAGGAGUGGAACCCUUGGGAUGAAGACGAUUUGGCGGAAGAAAGCAACAUCCAGCGUAAACGAGAAACUUUCAAGGAGCAUUUAGACUUAAUCAUUAAAAGCAGACCCAAGAGAUACAAAGUCCAGAUCUGGGGCAAAGCAGCCAUAGGCCUCUAUCUGUGGGAGCAUGUUUUAGAGGGUCCUCUGAAUCCCUCGGACAAAACAGGCCAGUGGCGGGAGGGGGAGAUCCAGGCGGGCAAAAUCAAUUUCAGCUUUUAUACGGGCCCGGCGGUGGUGCAGGGCCACAUUCCUGUUGACACGGACAGCGUGGUGCUGGUGCUGAACGGGCGCGAGCAGCAGAAGAUCUCCUACUCCACCCAGUGGCUGCAGCACGCCCAGGCCCUGGUGCAGGCCCACACUCUGGCCCACGUAGCCGUGGUGCUGCUGGGCAGCGAGCAGUGCACCAACGACUGGAUCAGCCCGUACCUCCGGCGCCAUGGCGGCUUCAUCGACGUGCUGUUCCUGGUGUACGACAGCCCGUGGGUCAACGACAAGGACGUCUUUCAGUGGCCCCUAGGAGUGGCUACGUACAGACACUUCCCAGUCAUCAUGCCUAGUGCACAGCUGGUGAGCACCACCAGGCCUUACCUCUGCAACUUCCUGGGUACGGUCUACAAGAACUCCUCACGAGAGGCCCUCAUGAGCAUCCUGAAACAGGAGAACCUGGAGAAGGACUGCAUCACCAAUGCCCGGGAGAAGUGGUUGCCCCAGGAGACGACGGAGUCCCUCCGUCAGUACCAGUCGGCGCUGGCCCAGAGUGAGCUGACGCUGUGCCCGGUGGGCGUGAACGCCGAGUGCUACCGCAUCUACGAGGCCUGCGCGUCCGGCUCGCUGCCCGUGGUGCAGGACGUCCAGACCAGAGGCCGGUGCACGGAGGGGCGCGGCUCUCCGCUGCGGCUGCUCAAGGACGCCGGCGCGCCCUUCAUCUUCGUCAAGGACUGGAGGGAGCUGCCGGCCAUCCUGCAGGCGGAGCGCGCCAUGAGCCAGGCCCAGCGCGAGGAGCGGCGCCGGAGGCUGCUGGAGUGGUACAGCGGCUUCAGGCAGCAGAUGAAGGAGCGCUUCACCGAGGUGCUGGAGGAGGCCUUCUUCAAAGUCAGCUGAGCAGCUAGGGGGCGCUGUGGGGAAGGACUGGUGACUGAUCGAUCAGCUCGGGAG